AUGAAAGAAAUCGCACUCUGGUCAUGCGAGGAAGUGGUCGAUUGGUUGUCAGAUGUUGUACCAGAAUACUGUGAGCCAUUGAAGAAUUUCACUGGGCAGGACUUGGUGAACCUAACGAAGGAGGAUUUCAAGAAGCCCCCUUUGUCGCGUGUGUCUUCGGACAAUGGCCAACGUCUGCUGGACAUGAUAGAGACUUUGAAAAUGGAGCACCAUAUUGAGGUACACAAGAACGGGCAUGCCAACGGCCACUUGGUCAUCAGUACGGAGGCCCUCACCAAUGAAAAUGGUUUCAGCAGCAAAAGCAAACCAAACGGGAUGCCAAAUGGGUACAGGAAGGAUAUGAUACAAAUCCACAUGCCAGAACCGGAACGUUCUCAGUAUCCCAUGGAAUGGGGGAAGACAUUUUUGGCUUUCUUUUAUGCACUUUGCUGUCUAGUCCUUACAACAGUGACAAUCUCAGUUGUCCAUGAACGAGUGCCUCCCAAGGAGGUGGAUCCGCCCCUACCAGACGCUUUUUUUGAUCACUUUAGUCGAGUUCAAUGGGCCUUUUCUAUCUGUGAAAUUAAUGGUUUGAUCCUUGUAGGACUCUGGGCAGUUCAGUGGCUGCUCUUAAAAUACAAGUAAGUACAUGCAUAUUUUGAUAAUAUUUAAUUCAGUCCCAGAUACUAAUAUUAUUUUAUUUUUUAUACUUUGCUGAUUUAUUUUUUUCAAGCUGACUCUGCUUCUUUAAUAAUGAGCCUGGCUUGUAAAAUGUGGUGGAGAGAUGUGUUAAAUACAGUCGGAGGCAAGAACAGUAAUUUUAUGAAAUCUGUAUGUUAAACAGAUAUAUAAGGAUUUUUUUAUACUAAGAUGUUAACUUGGCUUGUAAGUAAUUAUUUAGAAAGAAGUUUCCCACCAGCCCCAAUACUGCUCACUUGCAUUGGUAAUUUACCCCUCCUUCUCCUUGCAGGAUGACGAUGCUUCUCCAUACUAGUUAUGUUGCUCUCCUCUAGUAUCAAAGGACCAUUUUAUUCAUUUUGUUUUCCUUCCUUCCAUGCAAUUCAAGGCAGUUUGCAUGGGAGUCCCUGGCAGUGUCCCAUCCAGUUAAUACAUGGACCUGCUUAGCUUCAGCCAGGCUGCUGCAUGAUGUGCCUUCAGAGCCAUGUCCAUAGGAGGGGAAAGCACUUGGGCUGCUCAUGCAGCUAAGAUCACUGGUGCCUGCUCUGCUGAAGCCCUUAAAGCAGACAUGGCACAUCUAUGACCCAUGGGCCAGAUCAGGCCCAUGAAAGAGCCUAGAGCAGUCAGCCUUUCCUCUGCCAAAAUUGGGCACCUCACCCUACUUUGGAAAAGUACCUCUUCUCUCUCUGGCAUAGCACCAUUAAAAAGAAAGCUGUAGAGGUUUAGGUAACGAGGGAGGGAGUUUUCCUUCCGGGGGUUGGGGGGGCAUCAAAAUGUGUGGGGUGUAUGUAUGUCAGCACAUGUGCAUGUGUGAAUGUGCAUUGGCCCCUUCAGCAAUUCCUGUUGCUGGCAUGCCGCUGUCAGAGGGUUGGCCAACUCUCAGUGCUGCCACCUGGCUGAAAAAGACGGCCACUCUUGCUUUUAAAGGGCGUGAGGAAGAGGGCCCUUUAUAGUAGUAUUGCAGCAUGGUUUCCCCCUAGAAUGCUGCCUGCACAAAUGCAAUCUCAAGCCUCAAGUUCAUUUUUUGUUCAUUUGUUUAGUUUUGAAAAUGUGUUGAUGUUUUAUGAGGGAAAGAUUCCAUUGUAUUUCAAAAAUAGCAUGUGCACAAAGAUAGCUCCGUGCAUCUAAUAAAGCUUUUUGCAUAGCAGCUCCUGCCUCAUGGCAUGGCAUUUUUAAAACUGGGGAGGCAGGAGGGGGAUUUGCAAAAGCAGUAUGAGAUAUGGCCUCGGUUAUGAAGUGUAUGUUUGCACUUAAGAGAAAAUAGCCUAAAGUCCCAUGCCGUUUUGGAUCCUGUUCAUUGUUAUCUACAUUACACCUCAAACACAUUUGUGUGUGUGUACAUUAUACACAAUAUAGUGUGUGUGUGUGUGUGCUUGUGCUUGCGCAUGCACACACACAUAUUCAUUCCGUGAGUAUAUCCUCUGUUCUCAGGUCAUUAUCUUCACUUCCUAAGAGAUAAGAAUAAAAAUUCUCCACAGGCUAUAAUGCACUGAUAGUUUGGAAUGUUAUGAAAAUUGUUUAUAACCACACUUUGCUACCAGUACAGCUGAAAUUCUGCCUUAUAAGGCUAUAAAGAAAGCUUCAAAAUGUGUUUCAUAAUAUUUUUUUCUAAUAUAUAAAGUAUUUACUAGUUCCAAAUGUAAAAGGAAUAGCAAUAAAUGGCAUUUAAUGUAUUGUGAUAUUUAUUUAUGUUCCAAGCUAGCUUAGUGUAGAUAUCAAAAAGACCUAGAAUGAAGCUAUACUAAUUGGCUGGCUGCACUUAAAAUUGGCCUGUACCGAACAAGUGAGGUGCCCAUAAACAUGGCAAGAUACAUUUAUUUUUCUCUCUUGAAUGCCUUUUAUUGGCUUAUGUGAAAGAAAGUUAAGUCUGUGUAAACAGGGAGGGGGGUUGUUGAGGCAAUAGGGGAGCCUACCUUCAGGUCUUCCCGAUUUUCUCCUCUAAGCCUCUUUCUUCCAUAGAAACAAAUGGUUCACACCGAUGUACUGGAGAAACAGAAGCUUCUGCACAAUGUUCAUGGAAGCCUGUUGCCUUCCUCUGCAGGAGCAUUGUCAUACUGGACCUCCAGUGCACUUCACCUUUUCCCAAAGGAAUAAAUGACAACCUCUCAUUUAUGGGGGCAUGGGGAGAAUAAAGGCGUUUAUUUAAGGACCCACUUGGAGUCUAGGCUGUAUUUUGCCCCUUUAGAGGCGGGUUCUGCCCAGUGGCGUGCGGUCAUUGGACUAGGGAGACUAGGCUAGUCCCCUAAAUGUUCCCCUGGCAUCUCCUUCCCAAAGCCUGGGAAGCUUCUACCCGGCUUAAGGAGGGAGGCAUGAUGCUCCAGAGGGUCCAAAAGCCUGCCCACUGCCUUCCCAAAGCCCACCCAGCUUUGGGAAGGAAGCAGGAGGGCUCCAGCAUCCUGCCAGAGGGAAGCACGAUGCUCAUGUGCGUGACGUCAUCUGCCGUGCAAGCUGGCGCCUCUGGCCCUGACUGUUCCCCUAUGCAAAAAUUCACCACAUGCCACGGGUUCUGCCCCUCAGCUGGAUCCCAGAUUACAGCCUGUGCUUUGUCCAAUAGCCUGCUGAUAUCUGGAUGAUUCUGCCCACAGUUCUGUUCUUGGUCAGGUUAGGAGGGAAUGUUUGGAACCGAUUACCCUGCUGCCAUUGCUAUCUUGAUUUUUCUGGUCUAUUCCACUAAGUGAGAAUAAUAGCUUCCAUUUGUUUUUAAAUGAAUGUUUCAUUUACCAAAAUGAAUAUGAAUUAUUUAUUGUCCUAGAGCACAUAAAUUGCAUCUAGAGCCCCAUGCUCAUUUUGCCUUGAAAACACUUACAAUCCUGAAGAACUUCAAGUGAUGCAUAAUUUCCUCCCUUUUCUCUCCAGGUCCAUUAUUAGCAGGCGAUAUUUUUGUAUAGUUGGCACACUGUACCUGUAUCGGUGUAUUACGAUGUAUGUUACUACCCUCCCGGUACCUGGCAUGCAUUUCAACUGUUCUCCAAAGGUAACUUUCCCCCCCUUUGUGUUAUUGUUGUCUAAAAUCUUACUCUUUAUUUUCCCAAAGAUUUGGAAAACUUUAGUCAGGGUGAGCUGCGAAUCGCUGGCCAAGGAGAAUUGGCAACAGUUCUUUCACGGCUGAUCAGUAUUGCUUGUUGCUUAACCGUAGUGUUUGAUAAUAAACAGGUUCUAUCAGAAUUUAGCUCAGUACCACCUUCCUUGGAUCACCUGAAACAAACAGUGUUGAAUUUGAGAGCAGUCAUAUGAUUGUCAUUCUGAAGGGAGUCCACAUUCCCACCAGCCCUCUUGAAAGGUGAUCAGCACCGUCAGAGCUUGAGCACAAGUACUAGUGACUUCCUCACUACAAAGGAUAGAGCUGUAUACAUUCCCAGAAUGUAGGGAGUCCCCUAUUGCCACAUUUUGAACAUGGUUUUUAGACAUUACUAGGACUAACCUGUGCUUAUACCAUCAGCUCUGCUGGAGACACAUGUAGCAGGUUGCUGAAAUUUCCAGGAAGCUCAGUGGUGUUGAUUUCCCUCUGCUGGUAUAGAGAUGCAACUCAUACUAUGGUUCACUAUAUCUCUGCCUCGUGCUUAGGCCAGAACCUGGACAGGAACUAUAGAACCGCCACUUCUACAGGUGCCACAUAAUGUUGCUGACAAACUUGCAGGGAAUCAUCACUUUCAGUGCAGUGGCGCCUACAGUACACUUUGGAACUCCUUGCCCAUUGAUAUUAGGCAGGUUCUUUUGCUGUACUGUUUUCAGCAACCACUAGAAAGGGUUGUUUUUUUGUUUGUUUUUGAGGGAACCUGCCUAGAGACAUGCAUUUGAGGUGUGUUUAAACAUGUAGUUUGAUUUACAAUGCCUAUUUUAAAAACUCUUUGAUUUUAUUUUGAAAACCUUUAGGCUAACUUUGUGUUGGAAUACCUGAGUUUUAUUUGUAAAUUUUGUAACUCACUUAGGUUUUGAUGAUUAAACAGUAUAUAAAUCCUGCUAAAUAAAUAAAUAAAAAUCCUUGAAAAGCCAGGGUAGUCAGGAGCUGAGUUGCAACCAUCAAGUCACCAUCCCUGAAAUGAAAAUGCGAAAGACUGGUUCAUAAUUUAUGGGAUUGUUUGUGACUACCAUCUUCAGUGGCAAUUGUUACUUUUAUACCAUGCAGUAGAGCACUGGGGAUGCUUAGUGAUUUUCACCAAGCAGGACAGAUGAGGUCCGUUGGUUGUACAAGCAAGCAUGACAGGAGGUUGUUGUUGCUAUCUCUGGCAUCAACCUUGUUCUACCAAAGGCAUUUCAGAUUAUAUACAUGCAAGCGUUGCUAUCUGCACAAUAUCCCACAAACAUGCCAUAACUCUGUCACUGGAAGAGGAGUAGCCUCAACAAUCCUCUAUAAGUCUUCAUUGCAUGAUAGAGGGCAGACACAAUAAUGGGAAAGAGUUAUAUUCUUCACUGCAUAAUGUUUUCUCAAGCACUGUGCAUGCCAUUUGCAGCAAGGUUUUUGUGAAUCUCUUGUCCGUUGUUUGCCUUGCCAUCCCAAAGCUCCCUGUUUCUAAACAAACCUAAGGAGAAGUGGCCCUACAGAUGAUGCUGAACUACAGAUCCCAUAAUCCCUGACAAUUGGCUAUGCUAGCUAGAGCAGAUGAGGCUCCCACAACAGCUGGAUGGCUGCAAGUUUGUCACCCCUGGGACAGAGAAAGAGGAGCUCCUAAAUAUACCAUGUCAAGGGUUAGCAUACUAUUCCAGUGGACCUGUAGGUCUUUAUUGGAUGCCAAAACAGUCAUUGGUGUCGAUGUACAAAUCCUGCAGACCAAGUCUUGUAUAUACUUGUAUAUCCAAAGGUGAACCUUCUUAUUUUGUAGAACUAAUGUUGGGGUGAGAGGAAUCCAAGAUGAUGGCGAGCAGCUUGUGAGAGGCAGCUGGAGCUUCCUGUUUAUCUGUUUUGACCCGAUUCAUGCAGAGUUAGUGCCUGCAGGGCUCCACUGGAUAUUGCAGUUUGACAAGUUUAAUUACUAUUUGGCUGAAAUAAUAUGAAGCCAUGGUACUUAUAAGGAACAUCUCACACAUGGUUGCUAUUGGUUUAUUGUCUAUGUUCCAGCACUUGUAUAUUAUAGAAGGCAAGUGCUAGAUACAAGAUUGAACAGCUGUUCUUCUAGGAGGAGCUCUACAUCUCUCCUUUUCAUUCCACAGUGUGCUGCCACAGUUUACAAACCAUUCUCAAUUAUGCCUUUAUAGCUACUGAGAGAAUACAGACAAGUUACCCAUUUACAUGGCUUGAGCGGGAACACUUUUUCUACACAGUAAUGGGCAUCAUUUAACAUUGUGAGCCAUGCACACCCAGUUGGGGGCAGGGACAGGAUUUUAAAUGGGAGCACUUAUAAACAUUUCGCUAUUCCUUGCUAGUUUUAUUUUAUUGUAUCUGAAUGGCCAUUUAUCUGCUGUUAAGAUAUGCUCCCAGGCAUGGUCAUUGGAGGUGAGCUGCUUACAGCCUGUUAAUUAUCUUUAGCUCCUUUUGUUGCAGAGGGAAAUCUGAGAGAGAGAGAGAGAGAAAUGUAAUAGCAGUGAGAGUAAUGAUCUCAGAAGCCAAUGUGAAUCCCAGAUGUUUUAUGAAUUCCAAUAUCAUGAUUUUUCAGGCAAGAUUUAUAAUGUUUAAUAGGCAUGUGUUUAACAUGUGAGACCAUUGGCAAUUAAAAGUGUGCAACACUGGCUGGAUCUUGCCUUAUGUACAUAGUAGCCACGGAGGAUAACAUGCAUGUCAGCCAUUUCUUAUCAGCCAACAAGCUUCUUUAAAGAAGAUGCCAAUUGAUUUCUCUUUCGCCAAAUUAUUCAGACCUAGCAAAUGAUGGUUCUGGGCAAGUUAUUUGCUUUUUUGGCUUUGGGUUGUAUCAAACAAAGUCAUACUACUAGCACCUGUGCAGUGGGAGUUCUUCUCUCUGAAUGCCUCCCAAAUGUGUUCAGGGGGUUCCUCAACCCUCUGGAGCUGAUUUGGAGGGAGGGGCAGGGAAGGUAUGAGCAAAGGAGAAGAAAUCCAAUUAUGCAAACAGAAGUCCUAGCGCUAAUGGGAUGGCUUUGUUCGAUACAACCCUAUAUUUUUAAUUACUCAUACAUUUGCAGUUGAAAUAAUUAAAGUGAUAUUAUUUCAAUUCUUAAGCCUUUCCCUUGCUGAAAAAUUCAUGAAUACAAAGACAUGGUUGUUGGCUUCUUAGGAUCGUGUGUGUGUGUGUUUAAAAAAGAUAUUUAUUUAUUGAAUGCUAUGAUACAUUAAGUGGUAAAGAGUUUUAAUGCCUAAUAAGAUUUAUUUUUUUUAAUUGCCAGGUUCUGAAUGUAAAUUAAGCUUUCUUUUAUAAGAUUAUUCUAAAUGGUAUCGAUGAAAUGUGCUGAUGUUUCCUCCCCCCUCUCCUUCCACCAGCUCUUUGGAGACUGGGAAUCGCACAUGAGGAGGAUAAUGAAGAUGCUUGCUGGAGGUGGGCUGUCCAUCACAGGAUCACACGAUCUGUGUGGUGACUACUUGUUCAGCGGUCACACAGUUAUGCUAACACUUACAUACUUAUUUAUCAAAGAGUGUAAGUUUGACUUUUUCAGUUUCGGACUAAAAAAUGUAUCUUGGUUAAUAUGAGAACACACUGUAAAAUACUGCCUUGCUGUUAGCGCUUUGUACCUUGAUAUUUUUGCUAAAAAGUAUGUCAGUGGAAAUAAAUAUCCAACAAUGAAAGUAAACACAGAAACUCUUAACAAAGAACGCUAGCCUUCCUUUGAGCAUGUUUUUAGAGGAACAUACAAUGGGAUUAAAAUGUAAUUUAGCCUUUCUAUCCAAACUCAUUGCACAGCAUUCUCAUCCUUCUCUUAUUAUGACAACAACAACUUACGGUGUAAAACAAACUGGGGGAAAAGGAAAGGCACAUCUCAUCUUAAUAAUAUUUGUUUGCUGGGAUUGGAGUGUAGUCUAUGUUAAUGUAUUUUCCAAGGAAAAUAGUUGCUGAAUAAAAGUUUUACCUGACAUCACAUCUGAAUGCUAAUACAGUUAUGCUGGUCUGGUGUGGCUGGCUCAGUCAUUUCUGAUCUGCAGCCAAGAUUAAUGGGAAAACCAAUUCAACUCUAAAGCAACUGAGAUUGGAAGAAGAUUAGCCUAAGUCUUUGGUUCCCUUUGUCAUGAUUAAUUCUCUGCUACCAAAUUUCAGUAUUAGCCGUUUAUAAACCAGUUGCAGAGUUGAAGCAUCAAUAAAUACCCAUACACUUGUAAUUCUUGGAGAAUCAUGAUCCUCCCAUUCAUUUUGGUUCUUUCAAUUUUGUUUUUGUAUGCUUUAUGGCUGAUAACUGCUUAUUAAAAGUGGAAACUAGUACAGUAUACAGGCAACUCCCCAUUUAUGUUCUGAGGCACUGCGUGUGUAAGUGAAAUUGCAUAUAUUUGAAACACCAUUGAUAAAGCCUGCAAACACCCCAUUCCCCCACCCCAUCCCAUUCCGCCAAGGUGCUCAAGAAGCUGGUGGCAGUCCAGCUUCAGGCAUGCUUGGAGGAAGCUGGUUAUUUGGAUCCAUUCCAGUCUGGUUUCAGACCACUUUGCUAGCCGUGCUUGAUAACAAUUAUUGCGGGAGAGAUGGAGGGAGUGCAGUUGUCUGUGGUUCCCUUCAGAUCUCAUAUGACCCCUGUUUAAAACAGCUGCACAGGUUGCCAGUAAGUUUCUGGGCUCAAUUCAUGUGUUCAUGUUAGUGUUUAAAGCCCUAAAUGACUUAGGCCCCAAAUACCUGGAAAAAAGCCACCUCAUUCCCUACAGACUGCCUUGGAUAGUAAGAUCAUUCGAGGGAGCACCCUUCCACAGCCUUCAGAAGCUUGGAGGGUGAUGGUCCAGGGAGAAGCAUUAUCUGUGGCAGACCCUAGGCUGUGAAACUCCCUUCCAACAGUAGUGUGUCUGGCUAUUUUAAAUUGCUGUAAACUGCUUUUAAUACUGUGUUUUAAUUGUGGUAACCCACCCUGGGGCUUGGGGGUGAAGAAGGGCAGGUAAUAAAUUGUAGUGACAAUGAUAGCAAUAGUAAGUAAACAAGAAAUGCAUGCUUAAAUUGAGCUCUCAUUUGAAUGGCUGCACUAUUCCCUGAAACGUUCUCAGGGAGGCAAUGGCAGCUAGAGUUCUGAAGCCACAGAUAUCUAUGAUAUUGUUACUAUCCUCUUUCCAUUCCACAGAAUGCUGGGGGUUAUCCCAUUUGAAGAUGUUCAGCUUAUGAUACUGUGUUUAAUUCUUCAUCCUGUGAAGGAGAAUGUGCUAUGUGCAUGGCAUUAAUGCUUUCCACCUUUCCUUGCCUUCAGAUUCACCUCGGCGACUCUGGUGGUAUCAUUGGGUUUGUUGGACUCUCAGCUUAGUGGGGAUGUUCUGUAUCCUCUUGGCUCAUGACCACUACACUGUGGAUGUGGUGGUGGCUUACUACAUCACUACAAGACUUUUCUGGUGGUAUCACACAAUGGCCAACCAACAAGUGAGUCUCUCUUCCCCCAAUAGCUUAAGCUGACCUAUUCCAAUACAUUUGUUCUUGUACUGGAUCUGAUUUUUUAUCCAGACCCUCUGGGAAGGCAGUAUAUAUAUGUGUGUGCAUUCACACUUUCUGUCAUGAGGAGGGGACUUGGGGGGAGAGUGAGCAGCAACAAGCUCAAACAAGUUUGGCUACUCAUAUCUGCCUUUCAGGCUUGUCCUGAAUAUGUUAAGUACUUCCUGCUCGGUGCUUUCCUACUUGUGAAACAGUCAGGGACGGGUUUUUUUUUGUUCUAAGAUGUGAAACCAUUAUUAAUAGAUAGUAUGCAAAAACAUUGAUUGCUUCCCAAGAUAUAAUAAGGUAUGAUAAGGAAAAAAAGUUCCUGAAGCAAAGCACAUUUAAAUCAUAGUUUCCAUGUGCUACUUCUGUUGUGCUCUUCUUUUCUGUUGGUGUGAUGGGGUACAUAGCAAGCUCUCCCCUGUGUUUCUUCUGUCCCCCAGCCCCAAAAAGUAGUAGUCAUAAUGGGACCCUAAUAAUGUGUUUCAGGCAUGAAAUAUAUUGGAAGAGCAAAUAAACUGCUGCCUGUGGGUUUUCCUUUAUUGAGGCUUCAUUUGUAAACACUGUUGUUUUGCAGGUGCUAAAAGAAGCUUCCCAGACAAACCUCCUUGCACGAGUGUGGUGGUAUAGACCCUUCCAGUACUUUGAAAAGAAUGUUCCGGGCAUUGUCCCACGCUCUUACCACUGGCCAUUUUCCUGGCAAGCUCUCCGACUGGGUAGACAGCCUAAGUACAGCAGAUUGGUGAAUGACACAUAA